UUCUUGAACAACUUGCGGAGAGCGAAAACGUGCGAUGCCCUGCAAUGUGGAGCUAUGUGAUGGCCGCCGCCAGAGGUGACCCACGUAGGCGACCUGGCUCCGUUUUCACAGUACAGUCAGCCAAUUGCGGGCCUGGACCGUGCAGGGACGGACUGAACUGUGCCAGAUAUCCGCUCAAUUCCGGAUACAAUUCGGCAGCGUUUCAAAAGGACGGCAUAAGUCGAGGCUUUUCCAGAGAUGAACUCAGCACGACUAUCUCGCGAGACGGCUCCAGAGACGUCCUGGCGGAAGUCCGGGUGCAGACGCCCUAUUCGGAGAGAUGCCAAAGUCCCGCCGAGUCUCCCUUCACGCAACCACUGCAGGAAAAUGUCCCGCAAAACAGGCUGUUUUCGGCAAUGCGAGGGCGGUUAAGACAAGUGGCAGCAUCCCUCCAGGCAGCCAUUCGUUUCCGUCGGUUCUCCCGAAGGGACUCGCACCCUCCUGACUGGUUCGUGGACAAAAGUCACCAGGAUGAAAAUGCUGAUGCGAUGGAUACUCCAGAACCCACUUGUUGGGGUCACCGGAUUGUUGUUGAUCCAGCGCUUCCGUCCUACUAUAAGUGGCUGAUGGUUGUCUCUUUGGCUGUGCUGUACAACGUUGUUUUUGUCCUGGGAAGAGCUGUGUUUUGGGAACUUAAUAACUCAGUGCCGUGGCUUUGGUGGACGUUGGAUUACUUCUGUGAUACGAUCUACAUUGCAGAUAUAUUUGUUCAUGCUCACGAAGGUUAUCUGGAACAAGGACUUUUGGUAACGAAUUCUCGAAAACUGCGCGCCCAUUACUUCCAAACGAAGCUGUGGAGGAGCGACUUUUUGGCGUUGAUACCAACGGAUGUGGCUUACAUCUGGUGGCCUCCGUACGAGUGCAACGUUAAAGUGCCGUGUCCUAUAAUUGUAAGACUGAAUCGACUGUUUAAAUUGCCGCGACUUUGGGAAUGGUUCGAGCGGACAGAAACCGAUACAAAUUAUCCGAACGUUUUUAGAAUCUGUAAAGUAGUUUUAGCAAUUCUUGUGCUUAUACAUUGGAACGCGUGCCUCUAUUUCGCCAUAAGCUACGCGAUCGGAUUCGGAAUCGACAACUGGGUCUACAAUUUGGAUGGACCGAAGAACUCCACGUUGGCUAGACAGUACAUCUACAGCUUUUACUGGUCAACGCUCACCUUAACCACCAUCGGGGAAACACCAGUGCCUGAAAACGAUGCCGAGUAUCUCUUUGUGGUUGCUGACUUUCUAGCCGGGGUCUUGAUCUUCGCAACCAUCGUAGGAAAUAUCGGUUCGAUGAUAUCGAACAUGAACGUGGCCCGUGUGGAUUUCCAAAACCGAAUGGAUGGCGUUAAGCAGUACAUGGCCUUCAGGAAAGUGGGUCGCGAGUUGGAAGCUAGGGUAAUUCGUUGGUUCGCAUACACAUGGGCAGAAAGCGGAGCUUUGGACGAGGAGCGCGUCCUAUCGGCUCUACCAGAUAAAUUGAAAGCGGAAAUUGCUAUUAGAGUACACUUAGAAACACUCCGAAAAGUAAGGAUAUUUCAGGACUGCGAGCCAGGAUUACUGGAAGCUCUCGUGCUCAAAUUACGCCUGCAGGUGUUCUCCCCGGGUGAUUACAUUUGCCGCAAGGGCGACGUGGGCAAAGAGAUGUACAUUGUGAAACGAGGUCGAUUACAAGUGGUAGCCGAUGACGGCAUAACUGUUUUAGCAACAUUAGGCGCAGGAUCAGUGUUUGGCGAAGUGAGCGUCUUGGAUAUCGCCGGAAAUCGCACCGGAAACAGAAGAACGGCCAACGUCCGGUCGUUAGGCUACUCGGACCUAUUCUGCCUGGCCAAGGACGACCUCCUAGUCGCUUUGGCGGAUUAUCCAGAGGCGAGGGCAACGCUAACCGAGCGCGGCUGCCAGCUUUUGCGGAAGGACGGUCUACUGGACGAAGAUGUGUUCAAAAAGGCCAAAGAAACUCAGGAUUCGGUGCUCGACAGCAUCAAGAAAUUAGAGAAUACUGUAGAAAUAUUGCAAACACGCCUCGCUAGACUUCUUGCCGAAUUCAGCGCCAGUCAGGCGAAGCUGAAGCAGCGACUGACCCGCUUGGAGCUCAGCAAGUCGGAACGUGAACAAGACAACACACCUGAGACCUUAGCAGUUCCUACAGGACGUCGAAGAGUGCAUUCGUUUGAAGAAGACAGGAUAUUUACAGUCGCUAAAAAAUUAGACAAUGUUCCGUUCAGUAGUAGACAUAAAACCAUGUAACGACAUAAAAAAGUAAUGUACAUAAGUUUUAAAUUUAAGCGAAGCUUUACGAGUUCUACUGCUGUAACGAUAGAGAAAACAGUUUAUAUUUUGUCAGUUUUUUAACUAAUGUAGGAGUUAAGUGUUUCAAAGAGUAAGUGACGAAUAUUUCUGUUUCUAAAAAUAGAGUUACGUUUCCCGUUUGAUUAAUUCUUAUUUAUAUAUUUUUGUACACAUUUAUUUAAAAACCACUGCAACGUACGAGUAUACACUUAAUUAUGUGAUGUAAUAUAGAAUUAAAUAACGAAUAACAACAAAAUUCAUCUAGUUAGAGCUAGACACUUUUUGUGUGGUGUUCUGUGACAUACCUCAGAGAAAAAACUCGAAUAUUUUUUUUACCACAAAAUUCUAAACAGUGUAAAUUUUAGUUAGGUACUCUGAACUCGAAAUUGGAUCAAGAUUAAAAAUCAGGACGUUCUAAAUGUCUCAUUUCUAGCUUUUAACGCAGAACACAAGCGCAAAUCUACUUCUUCCAAAACUUACAGUUCGAUUUUUUAAUCGCAACUUUACAACCAAAAUACUUUCACAAAAAUUUCUUCUAUAGGCCAUAAGGAAUAUAAUUUUUUUGAAGAAAGCUCCAACUGUUAUGGAACAACGAACAAGUCAAAAUCUAUAAUUUAUUUUCGUUUAGUUAAAUUACGUACCAAUUACGUUUAAUAAAAUUUACAUAUCUCAAAAACAAUAAUUAAUGUAAUAAAUAAAUAAUAAAUUUCUGGUCUAACAUAUGACACCCAAAAUUAAAAAGAAAAAAAUAAACUUGUUCUGAAUAAUUAGAAAUCACACUUUUUUCAUCAUUGUAGUUACUCGCUGUACAAUGUGUUACAUUAAACUCAGGUAAAUGAAAUAUUUACUUGCUGUACUUCUAAUCAAAAAUGCACUUUUAUCUUCUAAAUUAGACAAAUAAAACAUAGUUUAGAUUAAUUCUGAUUUUUUCGUAGAAAUAGUUUUUUAGGACGAAAAUGUAGUGGAACGAGCAUAAACUUAUUUUAAAUCAGAAUUAGAGAGCGAUACACGUAAGGUAUAAAACUAGAAGCACACAAUUACUUUAAAAUCGCUGUUAUAGACAUAUCUAUUUUCAUAACUGUUCGUAUUUUAUAAAAAGUUUGUUUCUUUGUAAGGUAUAGAUAAGUACCUAAUUUAUCAGAGCCUUAUUAUAAUUGUGAUAAUCCAAGAUUUGUAUUAAAUGUACAUACUGUUAAUGAUAAAGCUUUAAAUAGGUAUGAACAAAUUUGAUUUUUACUGUAACACGUUUUUUCUAAAGGUAAUUUCUAUAACCUUCUGUUAGGAAAUAAGCGGUAGCUGAUUAAAUUAAAACCUAAAAUCAUUGUAAAAAUGGAGCCAUGUAAUUUAAAAACGAUGUAAAAAAUACUAAUAAAUAUUAAAACUGA